UACCGUCACCUACCGACCUACCUAUCCAAGCUGCGACCUCGUCACGCGCCUGGCAUCUCACGCGAUCUCGCACCAGCAACAGCAACAGCAGCAGCCGCCGCCACGCAGUGCCUUUGCAGAGGACAGCCUCUGGCCAGACACGACGUGCCCUUCACCCCCAGUUCGCGCCGCGAUCGCGCCCAUGACGACAAACGCACAGCCGCAAGCACCGUGGUCUGCGGCGCGCCAGCGCGCUGCGGGCCGCGUGUCGCUGGUGAGGUUUCUUCAUGUAGUUUUCAAUCGGAGGCGCGGGGUGGGCUUGUUUUGUUUGGGUGGCGCUGUUGGCGCUGGCGCUGGUGGCGCUGUUGGCGUUGUCGCUGCUAGCUACUGCUGUUUUCGAUACAGCGUGGCCGUUGCCGCGGCCCUCACCGUCGGCGUCUGUCGAGCUUGUGUGCUGGGUUUGCGGUGGCGGGUGUGGUGGCGGGGCGGGGUGGGUAGGGGGAGUGGAGCGAGGGGCUUGGUCGGGGGUUGAAGUGUGGGAGAGAGGGAGUGUGAGCGGAGGCGGAGGCGGAGGUGGUGGGAGAGCGGAGUUGGAGAGGAGAGGGGAGGCAGUGCUUGUGCCCUGUGAUGGAUAACAAGCCAAAUAUGUCAGGCAGCCCGCUGCCCCGCGAGGG